AUGCGGUUUAAGACUUCCGUGCGGAAUAUUCACACUUUCAGCAGUGAGUAUCAUUCUUUUGUCUCUAUCAAAAUAGUCUCACACUUACAAAUUUUCAGAACUCACAGCUUCAUUGUCAUCACUUGGCAAAGUAGCUUGGGUACGCCUGGACGACAAUGGGGUACGAUUCACAAUUAUUCCUGAGACAGGAACACAAGUAUGGGCGUGAGUGAUGCAUUAUUACAGUUUGAAUUGAAAUGCUAAUCCAGUAAAGGUCUCUCUCAAUUGACUCUAUAUUCGAAGAUUACACAAUUCAAUCCGCGGCUCCAGAUAACACGAUCAACAUAGAGUUACCCCUCCCACCCCUCCAUCGCGCUUUAAAGUCCGCAAUAAAUGCGUCAUCUGCUUCGAUACGACUCACCAAACGAGAUGGAAUGCCAGUAUUAUCCCUUACAGUUAUUACAAAUACUAUGAUGCAUGGAAAAAGUGCAAACUUUCUUGGUGGUGAAGGUGGAGCAGCAGAUCCAUUCAACGAAGGGUUCCGCGAAGAAAGUCUUGAUGCGGAUAUGAGAAGGGAUAGAGAAGCAAUUGUUACUCAGGAUAUUCAGAUACGUAUUUUGACCGCAGAUAGUGUAGAAGGGAUACACGAGCCAAGGGUUAGAGAUCCGGAUGCGCAUAUUAUGCUACCCUCUCUGAUACAGUUGAAAGCUAUCUCGGAACGUUUUACGAAGCUUGCAAUGGCCACGGCAUCUGGUGGGACGAGAGUAGUCACUGGAGGAAAUAUACCGAAGUUGGAGUUGAGCGCAAAUAUGCAUGGUAGUUUGAGAUUGAGUAUUGCUACGGAUGCACUGGAUAUCUCAAGUGUAUGGACAGGGCUCAAUAAUCCGGAAUUGGAUCCAAGGCAAAUGGAGGAUGGAGAAGAUGAAAUUGAAAAUCAUCCAGCAACCAGACUCAAAGCUGCUGGCCCAGAUGCUUGGUCAACUGUUAGAAUAGAUGGAAGAGACUGGGGAAGGGUACUUAGUGUGGGAAGACUUGGUGGAAGAGUAAUUGCUUGUGAGUAUUUCCCGUUCCUAGCUUCAUGGUUCAUACUGAUGAUUUUAGGUUUCGUCAAUGAUCAUGCAUUGAUAUUAUAUGUAUACCUUGACAACUAUGAUGAAGGUGAUGAGUCUGUCUUAACGGUAUGCCCUAUAUUAUUCAUUAGCCAUUAGCAUUCACGUUCUAAUGUUUCCUAGUACUACAUCUCUUCUUUCAGUGCAUAGAUCACCAAAAAAGACUCGGGAAAUAUUGUUUUAGCGAUGGCGUUUGGGUUGAUACCACAUUUACAUUGAGCAUCUGUGUAACAAGGAUCCGAAAUUUUCCAGGAUAUAGCUUUAUGAACAUUGAUAUAACCUGUAGCUUUAAUACCCGUUCGGCUAGACCAUAUUCGUAACCUCCAGACUCCAUUCUUACACUUCUCCUCGGCCGUUUCCGCUCCAAAUUUGCGGCGAACCUCUCACCCCCCCCACCCAAUUUCGCUGUCUCCGCCUCACUCCUUUGUGCAGGAGUCCGCGAGUACCCCCUCCCCCUCAUAUCCAUGAACCUUCCCGAGAAAAAACAUUUCAAGUUCGUCUGAUACAACAGAAAAGCGUACCCAUCAUUCAUCCCAGAUCGCCCAGAAUCAUAACCAUAUCAGUGCUAGCACUUCAAUCCACCGUCUGUCUCGUUAUCUGAUCACUGUGUAGUUUAUUACGUGCUUGUGAUGAUGGAAAGAGUUGGUUAGUU